UCUUUGGCCAUGGCCCCGACGCGCGCUUCAAAGCGCAGCCGGCCGAAGGAGGUCCCGACGGCCGCGGUCGAUGCACCGAUUUCGCAUGGCUUUAGCGAUGACCAAGUCGCAGCGUGGAAGGCGACGCUGUCAAAGGAAUGGUACUUUGAGGCGCCGGCCGAUUUCUUCACGCUGUAUGCCAUUGCCCAAAAAAUUGCCCCCGAGCAGCCUCACGAUGCGUUCAAAGCGUCGCUCGGACUCCAGCUCACGGGCCCGUACAUGGCGCUGACGAAUGCACCGGCCUUGCCGACGCCGGUCUUCUUGCACGGACGAUGCUACUACGACCCGCCCGAGGUCAUCACGGUGGUGUCGUCGGCGACCUUGCAUUUAGGCUACUUUCGCGACGCGCCGAAAGACACCCCCGCGUUCGUCGUGGAAGGCGCGAACGAUACUGCAGCGUUUGAGUUUCGAGGCCGCAGCCUCGUGGACGUGCUUUACGCCAAGCUGCUCGAGCAGCCCCAUGGCACAGUCGAGAGCCUCUUGUGCCAGUUUGCUCCCUUUGCGGCCGCAACGCGAGAAACGAAGCGGCCCAGAGCUGCGAUGUGCGAGCGCAAGUGGACUGCGCCGACGCUGAGUGGCUUGGGCAUUUGGGUGCCGAUCCACCCCAAGACGGGCGUCGGCUUCCGGGCGCUUCCGACGCAGAGCCGGCAGCUGCACCAGCUUUUGUCCAAGCCGCGGAGUAAAGAUGUCGACGAUCUGCUGACGCGCGCCAACAUUGCGUGCGACGAGUGUGAGUUUGGCACGGCGCUGCAGCUGGGACUCGACCUCUUUGCCUACCGUGAGACGUACAGCAGUGAAGCGAAGCGACUGCUGGACGUCGCCUACCUGCUUCUCAAGCGCGGCAGCUUUGCCAAGAUUGUGCGCCAUCACCUCGCAUCGAUCGAGAAGCCGUCUUCUUAA